CCUUCAAAUUGAAUGUAUUUUUAUUAAAAUUUGAUUGCAGAUCAUUUUUAUUAUGAGUUCAGUAUGUAGAUGAAAUUACACAGUAAAAAGUUCAUAGAAUAUAUGGACCAGAACAUAGAGUCACGCUUUGGAGGCGGUUCUUACAUAGUCUGACACUGCAGCUCUUGACAAUAAGUUGGAAUUUAUCAUCCAAUAGAAUUUUUAGCCAAAGCUAAUGGAGAUAUGUAGAAAUGGAAAUCAAACUUAAAGAUUAAUUUAACAUGCAUGUAGGCCUCGACCAAGGUUCAUUUUCAAAGAGUUAGGAUAAUCUGAAAGACGGACCAGCACGCUAAAGUAAUAUUAUCUCCCAUUAUUUCAAUGGAAACUCAAACUACGAAUUACUUGGAAUUAGGAAUUAGACAUAGUUCAGAAAUUACAACUUGUCACAGAUAUUGAAUUAGUUAUGCCUGAUAUUUUGACUUCAUAGUGAAUGUAAAACUUAUUUGCUAAAAUUUAGCUUAAGGUUGUUGUUGAGUGACUUGGAGAGCACAUAAAACAAGGAUAUCUGUCUAGACGUAGAUUACUAAGUUAAUGUCUUCACGGGUGUUCAGUCAAUUUAAGAAUCAUCUACUUGUAUAUUAUAUUUAAUGCAAGUCUGAGCUUCUGAAAGUUGAUUUUUAUUUAUUUUAGAAUUUGUGCUAUUAUACCUAUAUAUAUAUAUAGAUCAUUCACUGAGCUUUUCUAUUAUCUGAAUCUUUCCCUAUAAUGCGUUUGUCCCAAACUGCAAUCAUUCUGUGUCUUUUUGUCCACAUAGUGGAUCUUUUGGAGAUUAGGCACAAAUAAAUACACAUAAAUGUCAUACUCAACUAGGUUGGUAGAUUAGUGUUGUAUGCUAAAGGAAAAAAAAUAAAGUAAAAGAAUUGGAAGCUAGUAGCUUUUCAACUAGAUAAAUAGCGGAAAGGAAUAAAAACACUAGUAGAAGUAGAGAGAAGAGAAGGCCGAAAGAAGCAGAGAGUAAAGGAGAAGAUAAGAAGGUAUGGGUAUGUGACAUUUUUUAUUUAAUUCUUGAAUAAGAUAGAUUACCACUAGGAGUGUGCCUGUUUGUUCGGUUCAAUCGAACCGUUUUUUUUUUUCAUUUUAUCAAAAAACAAAUCAACUGAAAUUUCAAAGAAGUCGUUUUUUUUUUCAAACUGAACCGAACUACUCUGUUUGGUUUUUUUCAUUCGGUUUACACUACAAAUGAAUGGAAUUUUAUUAUGUUCAAAAUUGAAUCAAACCAAAAAAUCGAUUUUUUACAGUAUCAAACCAAAAAAUCGAUUUUUUACAGUAUCAAACCAAACUGAACCAUAUUUGCCUCUUCGUUUGAGUUGUUCUAUUUGGUUCGGUUUUUGCACACCCCCUAAUAACCACCUUUUGAACUCACUAUAAAUAAAACUCCUUUGUUUUUAUUCAUUCCAUUGAAAUGGCGAAGUUUGUUCUCUACCUACUAGUUUUCUUCUCUGCCCUUUUCUUGGCUGGCAAAGUAAGUUCUACCUCCAGCCCUAUAGAAUUUAUCAAGGUCUCGUGCCAGGCGACUCGCUAUCCUGAUCUCUGUGUUCAGUGUCUCUCAGGAUAUGCUAGUGCAAUUCAACAAAAUGACCAACACUUAGCUCUAACUGCUCUAUCAGUGAGUCUAGCCAGGGCUAGAUCAGCUACUGAAUAUGUCAAGAAGCUGAGUAAAGUUAGGGGGAUAAAACCUAGAGAAUAUCAAGCUGUGAAAGACUGCAUAGAGAACAUGGGCGAUAGCGUGGAUCGACUUAGCCAGUCAAUCAAGGAGCUUGGCCGAAUGGGGCGAGCUGUCGGUCGGGAUUUUAUGUGGCGUAUGAGUAAUGUGCAGACUUGGGUUAGUGCUGCAUUAACUGAUGAAAACACUUGCGUUGAUGGUUUUGCAGGGCGGCGCAUGGAUGGAAAUGUGAAGGCUGCCAUCAAGCGUAAGAUUACCGAUGUUGCUCGGGUCACUAGUAAUGCACUUGCAUUGGUUAAUCGCUUUGCAUCUAAAAACAAAGCUGCUUCUGGUAAAAAGCCUUAGAUCGUCUUUGUUGGUUGGUGUUUAUGUGAUAUAAGGUUGGUUUGUGCCCGCCUGGCUGAAUUUUGGAUCUGAGUUUGCUAGCUAAUAUAAAUGUAACAUAAAAUGAAACUGAAGUUUGUUUGAUUUUCUGUUUGUUGUCUUGUCUAAUAACUGUGUCUGUUUUCUUGUAAAGUAGUUAUGUUGCACGGAAACUUGUCGAGUUUUACGUCUACGCGCUUGUUUCAUUUCCGUUCUUAAAAAUGAUAAUGUAAACUCAAGUUCCCAAAGUUAAAGCUGUUCUAAAUCUUAUUUCGACAA